AUGUCUGCUGGAUUUCCCGUGCAUCGGACAUCGUCCUAUAGCUUUUGGAAGUUAAGGGCACGUACUCGGGUAAUGGGCACAGCACAUGCACUUUGGGGCACAGAUGGAGUUAUUAUUGCUACAAACAAUGCUGGACCCCUAAUCUACAGUACCAACCCAGUCAAAACAUUCCCAAAACAAGUAGUAUUUGGCGAAAAGACUGAUGUGGUGGUCGGUGGCAGCGACACAAGCAUUUUUGAUAAGAAUGAAGGCACCCUCAAGCAAGUGUGGAAACAUGCCGACAAGGCAAGAGUGCAGACUGUUAUAAGUGGGCAUCUGACAGACUACAAGACUUAUGACGGGGCUUACCACAGUAUAAUUGUUGGGGCAACAUCUCAAAACAAUGCAGAGCCAGUCAUCUCUAUCUGGAGCUGCCAAUGGGAUAAUCUUAAAAUAGCAUGUCCACUAGGGAAAGCUCUCAAAAACUUUUAUGUUGCAAUGAACACAUCAAUCUCAUUCAAGUCGCUAGGGAACAUCUGGCAAAACUUGGCUCAACUAUGUGAGCCAACAAAUGAUGAUAUUCAUGCCUGGGUGGAGUAG